GUGAAGGCCUGACUGAAGAACAGAGAGAAUACACCCCUAUAUCGUGCCUCAGCUUUUAGCGCAGCUAAGCCAUGUCUACUGGUAUGGACGGGAGGGAAAGUGAGAGAAUGUACACAAAACUUAUCGACGACAGUGGUCCAAGUUUUGAAGAGGACGACAAGUACAUGAACAGUCAUGACGCGCCACACACGGUGUUUGUAACUCCGGCAAGGAGUCCAUCCAGCCGAGGACCCUAUAAGGUGGCCACAGUGUGCCUGACUGCAUUUUGCUUGAUCCUGCUGUUGGUUGUGGUGUCUAUGAGCAUCCACAACAAAAACAGAUCUCCUGUGGCAGGGAUGCAGCAGAACUCAUCUCACCCGGCUGAAGCUCAGAGGCAAACGCUCAAUGUGACAGAGCUGAUGUCAGAGCUGGAGGGGCUGAAGAAGGAACGAGACCAACUACGCGAAGACAGAGAAAAACUGCAGGCCAGACUGGCUGAAAUGAGCAGGGUAACUGCACCUCCUCCCUGUUCAGUGGCAACCAUGCCUCCUCCCCAGUGUCCUUCUAGCUGGCUCUUGUUCAAUGACAGCUGCUACUUCUUCUCCAGACAGACUCUGAGCUGGUACGACAGUGAAAAAUUCUGCAACGACAAAGGAGGCCACCUGGCCAUCAUCCACACUGCUGAGGAACAGACGUAUAUCUGGAACCAGUUGCCUCGUGGUCACUGGAACGCAUACUGGUUUGGCAUUACCGAUGAGAGGACUGAGGACGAAUGGCAUUGGGUGGACGGGACCAAGCUGGAAGGGGGUUUCUGGGAAGACGGAGAACCCAACAACCACAUUGAUGAGGACUGUGGUUAUAUCGUGAAGACCAGAGUGCUGAGUCGUGUGCCCAUUCGCAGCUGGUACGACGCACCAUGCUCCAUGCACUGGCCCUUUAUCUGUGAGAAGGAGCUAAAGACACGCUGAAUCCGUCCCCAUGGGAGAGCAGUGUCUGCCCCUCAGGGUCGCACAUAACCAGGCAACGACACAAUGAGAAGCCAUGCUGGAUCCUACACAGUCAUGUCCAAAAUCUUCUCCCUCCUGUACCAAAACUUUUUGUUUGUUCGUUUUGUGUUGCUUUUUAAUGCUGAACUAACUUUUUGAUGUCAGAAUGUUUUGCUUCGCGUUAAGCAGGGGGGGAUGGACUGAAGGAAUUUAAUCUUUCCUUUCCCUGUAUCUUAAUCUCUUUUGAAUACAGUUGGCGAGGGUGUACUAGAACUAAUGGCCAGAUUCCAGAAAGUAUCUGGAACUUUUUUUUGAGCAUCUCACAGGUUUAUCUACUGUCUCUACUCAUGUACAUAGUUCAAGAGCACGUUUACUGUUAUGAAUGCGAAAGUAUUCAGAAAUAACUGUUAACAUUUCAUAAAAUAUUGUUUGAAUGUCAUGUGCACGUGCACGACUUCACUCAUACAGUUUUGUUUGAUAGACCAACAUUAGAGAUUACAUUGUGUUUUUUUUUUCAAGUUUGGUAAUACAAACAAGAAUAAAUGUGAGUACUUUAUUUAGAUAUGUAAAGACUACACAGUGUGGUGGGAGGAACUCUUUUUUUAUGGAAAGAUAUAUAUUUUUACCUGAAAAAACUCUUUUUAAGUAAAAUAACUCUUUCUAACUGGCAAGGGCAGAAGGCUGAAUGUAGUUUUAUUGCUAUUUCCAAUUUUGGAGCAUUCACACUGAAUGUAAUAUGUGAGCAAAGCUCUAUUCAGAACAAUUCAACAGAUUUCAAUUAAAUACUAAAAAGUAUUUGGUGAGCUUA